GCAAUCAAGGCAGCCCUCAAGCGAAAUGAAUUUUUACGCAACUUCUUUGUCCGUGAAAUAUCAGAAUACAGUGCUACUCAACUUGUGUUUUGUGAUAAAACAGCUGCAAAUGAGCGAGUUGGAGACAGGAAGAGAGUUUGGGUUCCAAAAGGUCAAAAGAGAGUAAAUCCGCUUCCUUUUUCUGAAGGAGAAAAAUAUUCUAUUUUACCUGCCUUCACGGUAGAUGGGUUUCUCUGUCAGGAUAUUAUUCAAGGUAGUUUUACCACAGGUCUUUUUUUUUAUUUUGUUCGGGAUAUACUACUGCCACAAGGUAAUCCCUUUCCUGCUUCAAAAAGUGUUAUAAUCAUGGACAAUGCUCAAGUCCAUCGUCACUCAAUAAUUAGAGAGAUGAUUGAGGAAGCUGGAUAUAAGCUCAUAAUGCUUCCACCAUACUCACCAGACUACAAUCCUAUUGAGAUAGCAUUUAGUAUUAUGAAAAAGUGGAUAAUUAGACAUCACAUUGAGUUUGUUGAAGCAAUUGUUAUGGGGGAAAUGGAUUUAUUUUUAGUAUAUGCGAUGUCAACUAUUAGUUCAAGGCAGGCAGAGAGUUGUUUUAAGCAUUGUGGCUAU